UGUUUCUGUUUGCUUUUAAGUUUCAGGUGGAACGAACUGGCUGAACAACUGCGGCGAUGCAGCAGCAAAAAAAAAUAAUGCCGUCAUUCAACAAAAACAAGCGGCCUCGACAAGCCUUGUUUGCACAUCCCAAUAAUGAGAACCACAACAAUGUCAAUGCAAACUUCAGGGGAAAUUUCCCUUCAUCUUCUGGUCCAAACCAUCGUCCCGCAAACAAGCAGCCUCGCAUGGGCCCCAACAGCCAGAACCUUGGAGUGCGUCAACCCAUGAACGAUAACUACAACAAUGGCGGACGCCCCUGGAAUGGAAUGCCUAACAACAGCAGCAGAGGGAAUUUCGCAGCCUCAACGCCUCCUAAUCCCUGGAGCUCAUCCGCAGCGUCUGCAGGUUAUGGCUUCGGGGGCGGAGCCUCUCCCGCAGCGGGGGCUGGGAGCAUGAACGACAGCUGGCAGCGCUGGGCUGGCGUGAGCAACCCACCCCCUCCGAGCAGGCCCCCUACCCCAGUCAGAGCCCCACAGGUGUGGGGAGGCCCAGCCCAGGCCCCCCAGCCCAGGUUCCCUCCUCCUCAGCCCAACCCACCCACUGGGACUUUCUGGCAACAGAACAGCGGUCCUCAUCGUCAACUGAAUGCGUUCCCGCCCCAAACCCCAAGACCUAGCUCUGCAAACAAGCAAUUGUCAGGCAAUGCAGAGAAGCAACAGUCUGGAUUUGUUGUGGAUGACCGCUCUCUCAAAGUCCUGACUGCGUCCAUUGCCGACGUGGGGAGCUGGAGCCAACACAUGGACAAGAUCGGCAGCAUGAUCUGUGAAGUGUUUGGGGUCAUGAAUUCUGCCAUCUCUUCCGAUGUAAGGGGCGUCGCCAAGAAGUUUACUCUGAAAAACGAGGAUCAAACUCUCAAGUGCAUCUUCUAUGAAACGGAUCGGUCCUUACCCAAACUGACCAGGGAUCAGUGGUUGCGUUGCAUGGGGAGUAUGGAGCAGAAAAGUGGUCUGUUUCGUUGCGUAUCCAUCCGUCCUGCCAGCCAGGCAGAGCGACAAGUCAUGACGUCGCUGAUCGCUGCUAGCAGCAGCACUAUGAGAGAACGUCUCGCUGCCGAGCAAGAGCCUUAGGGAAGGGAGGAGCUUAUAUCUUGAAAGGGGGGGGGGAAGUGUUGUAGUCAAAUCCAUCAGAGUCUUAGUCAUCGCAAGUCCAGUCACAAGUAACAGGGGAUGAGGAAUAUGCUUUUGCAUUGUUCAUUAUUUUGCCUGGGACUGGAUGACUAGUACUUGUAAUUGGCUUAUGAGGACUUAAUUGUGAUAGACUUGUGAGGACUUGUAAUGACUUGUGAGGACUUGUGAUGGAC